GCUCAGACCAGCAGGUUGUUGUUGUGCUACUGUUCGGCCGCUUGAAGACGUUCAGCCCAGGCUCAGACGUCCCUGCAGCAGAUUCAGCGUUUAUUUUUAUAAAAAGACUCUGGAAUAUGCAGAAAUAUAUAUCCGUGAGCCCCAAUGACGAUGUCGGUGCGAAAACUAAAAACGGACCUCAACAUAAGAAAUACCGCUACGUACGUAAAGAGGGACACUGUAACGUUGUGUUCCGCCAUGUUCCCGAGGAGUGGAUGCUGUUCGUGACAGACAUCUUCACCACCUUGAUUGAGAUCAGAUGGAGGGUGAUGUUUCUGAUCUUUGCUCUCUCUUACAUCCUGUCCUGGCUCUUCUUUGGCAUCAUCUACUGGGUCAUUGCUCUCGCUCACGGAGACAUCAGAGAUUUAGGAAAUCAGCCGUGUGUGUACGAAGUGCGUAGCUUCACAGCCGCGUUCCUCUUCUCGCUCGAAACUCAAACCACCAUCGGCUACGGCUUCAGGGGAAUGUCCGAUAAUUGCAUGAUUGCCAUUAUAAUCGUCACUAUACAAGAUGUCAUCAGCUGCUUCAUCGACACCUUUAUCAUCGGAAUUGUCGUUGCCAAAAUGGCGUCGGCCAGAAAGAGAGCACAGACGGUGGGCUUCAGCAACCGCGCAGUCAUCAACCUUCACAACGGUUACCUGUGUCUUUCCUGGAGAGUCGGGGACUUCCGCAGGAACCACCUGGUGGAGGGGACGGCUUGUGCGCAGAUAGUCCGCGCCACGGUGCACGCCACAGGGAAAGUGGACGUGACCUACGAAGACCUGGUCAUCCAGCAGAGCGCCAUUGUCCUGGUCACGCCCACCACCAUCUUCCACAAGAUCGCACCCGGCAGCCCGCUGUACAAGAUGAGCUUGGUCGAUCUGCGUAAAGCUGACUUUGAGUUGGUGGUUUCUUUUACCUACACAGACGACUCCACGGGUAUGCUGCACCAGAGCCGCACCUCGUACACGCCACCUGAAAUCCUCUGGGGUCACCUCUUCCAGGAGAUGAUCAGGGUCAGUAGGAGGUUCUACAGAGUGGAUUACAUCCUGUUCAAUCACACUGCUAAGGUGCUGGUGCCUGAGGUCAGCGCUGAAGAGUACGAACUUAAGAAGCAGCUGCGUCCCUCUCCUCGGCAUUCACCGCGACAUUCACCCAGAGCUUCCCCAAGGCCGUCUCCAAGGUCACCACGGAAAAACCCGCAGGAAAAACAGUUGAAACCUCCGACAGUGACGGUGGAACUUGUGAGCGACAGCCGCCCCGAACCAACCACUUCGCCUUCUCAAGCAGAGACUAAACACCACGACACUCUGACUUUGCCAAAUGACCUCACAACUAAUGAAGUAUAAAGCAGAGGCAUCAUAUUUUGUGUUUCUUUAAAGAAAUAUUCAGAACACUACUCAUUAAGAACAAUAAAUGUUCUAGCGUCUGUGUUUUUUUUUAGCAUAAAAUUAGUUUGACUCAGCUUUUAGUCUUGAAAGACGGAGCUCACUCAUGUCAAUGUCACCUGAAAUGGUUGUUGCUCAACUGCAGGUCACAGAAUCUGAUCGAACAGCGUAACUAGUGACAGCUGCCCUUCAAGUCUGUAGAAGACGAGGAUUUCAUACAUAGAAUAGAGAUAUUAGGUAAGAAUAUUGAAUAUUUGAAUGUGUCUGAUUUCAUGACAAUUGCUGCAGAAGAUCAUGUGAUACAAUAAAAACCCCAAGAACA